AGUAGAGUAACUAGUCAAUCUAACUAUCUACGUUACUCUAUUUUUGCUCCAUUCGUUAGCUCCAGUGGACCCAUUAAUAUUAAUGUUGGCAAGCCGCGGACCCGUCGCGUAAUUGUUAACUACCGCGGAGAAGAUCAAUUAAUAUUAUCAGAUUCAAAGAAAAUGCUGCAACCAACAAUUUAACUGGCUAUCUACACCGCACAGACUGCCUGGCUCUCUUUUCCGCCGCAAGUAGCCUGAGGCUCCGGCUGAAGCCUGUUGAUCUCACGAACUUCCCGUCUAAUAUCGAGGGAGAGGAUGGCGCCUCAAAAUGAGAAAAGCAGUUUGAAGCGUGGACGGGUCAGCGUCGACAAUGAGACGCAAGAUCAGAAGAAGCCGCGCCGCUCCCAACGAAUCUCCUCGCAAACACAGGCCCAAGCUCCUCCGAUCAAGGAUUACCUGCCCACGCCAGUGACCCAGCAGGCGACUACUGCUACCGAUAUUGAUCAUGAGCUCACAGCUACACCUCCGGAGAGACGCUCUAGCCAGUUGCGUCAACACACACCAACCUCACCGGAGCGGCAGCAAUCUUACUCCUCGCCGCCGGGAGACACACAGGCCUUUUCUCAGUUCGUCUAUCCUCCCAGAGCCUUUGCGGAGGACGUGGAAGAUGAAGCAGCUGAGGGAGUAUGGGGGUAUCUGCUUCCGCUCGAUGACAAAGUCGGCGAAGCUCUCGUGCUGAGAAAGAGAGAGGGUUGUCACGAACAGAAGAACGAGAAGGACGCUUCGUCCGACAAAAAGAACGGACGAGCUAGCCAGAAACAAAGCAAGGGUCAGAAAACUGGCCGGGAAAAGAGUUAUCCUCCUAGUGGCUAUCUUAUUGGACGUCAUCCAGAGUGCGAUCUUGUGCUCAAUAUUCCUACGAUUUCUAAUCGCCACUGCCUGAUAUUCAAUGAAAACAAGAAAGGUCAUGUCGUUGCGAUUCUGGAAGACCUAUCCAGUAACGGUACUUUCGUCAACGAAGCCAUCGUAGGCAGAAACAAGCAGCGGGAGCUCGAGGACGGUGACGAAGUCACGAUCUUGGAUGAAGCUCGCUUCGUUUUCCGGUACCCGCGGACUCGGGUCACAAAUGGAUUUCGUCAGCAGUACCGUAUCCUUCAGCAACUUGGGAAAGGCCAUUUCGCUACUGUGUAUCUCUGUGCAGAACGGGCCACCGGAGACGAGUAUGCUGUCAAGGUGUUUGAGAGACGUUCGGGGGACUCACAAAGGUCCCAGUCGGAAGCUCUGCUGCAAGAGAUCGCUCUCCUCAAGAGUGUUAACCAUCCAAAUCUUUUAUGCCUGAAGGACACCUUCGACGAAAAUGACGGGGUCUACCUUGUCCUCGAACUUGCGCCUGAAGGCGAGCUAUUCAACUUGAUAGUUGCAAAGCAAAAGUUGACGGAGGAUGAGACUCGAAAGGUCUUUACUCAACUCUUCCAUGGCGUGAAAUAUUUGCAUGAUCGCGGAAUUGUCCAUCGAGACAUCAAACCCGAGAACAUCUUGCUUAUGGACAAAGACCUAACCGUGAAACUGGGCGACUUCGGCCUUGCUAAGAUCAUCGGUGAAGAUUCGUUUACUACAACCCUAUGUGGAACACCAAGCUAUGUUGCCCCCGAGAUUCUGGAGGAAACACGUCGCCGGAGAUACACCAGGGCCGUGGAUAUCUGGUCACUUGGAGUCGUCCUCUACAUCUGCCUGUGUGGAUUCCCUCCUUUCUCAGAUGAACUCUACACGCGGGAGAACCCCUACACAUUGGCUCAGCAGAUUAAAAUGGGCCGAUUCGAUUAUCCCUCGCCCUAUUGGGAUUCAGUGGGAGACCCGGCCCUGGAUCUCAUUGACCGGAUGCUCACUGUUGACGUCGAAAAGAGAAUCACAGUUGAUGAGUGCCUUCAGCAUCCGUGGCUCACCAACACAUAUCCCAGUACUGCCGACAGUACUGAUGGACUCACUGGAGCCUUAGGUCAAUUGGACUUCUCGAAGCGCAAAGUUGAGAGAGAACGUACGCUUCUAAGCAGCGUCAAUGAUGUCGACGUCAGCGAACACAUUGAAGACAAUGGCGCGCGUGUGAAGGUCUUCCAUAAGAACGACGCGGGUCGAAAAGUGUGCAACCAACCCAUUAAGGACAAGAAGCAGCGGGAACUAUCCCCCAGAGCCAACCGUGACCCAAAGGACUUUGCUAACAUUGGAGAUCGCGGUGAUCCGGUUUUGUUCUCAGACGAUCCCGGCAGUCGCUACGCGCGAGAUGGAGCCAAGAACGGGAGAAAGAAAUGAACUACCGCCGUGGACGGUCUUCUUCAGUUUUGCGCUGGUUGGAAUUUUUAUGGAGCGGUCCUUGGCGUAGCGCAACAGCUCUCGUGUUAGUUGUUUCCUUUUUUUAUUCUUUACCUCCCUGGGUUUUGUUGGGUGCCGACGGUUGGAUUGCAAUUGCAUGCCAGCUCAAUAGAUGCACGAAAAGGUCAUGAAAACUAGAAAUGCUUCGGGCCUCUUCUUUUUUAUCUCUUAUCUCUAAUGAGGCCAUUGUCUGGAAGUCGCAGUUUUCAUACGGUUAUGUUGUUGGGCUUAUUGUUCAAAAGCAUUCGCUACAGCUUUAGCAGGAAAACUGUUCUCUUACAUGCAGUCGAGGGACUCUUUGCAUAUUUACGCCAGUGGCUUUUGUACAGUAAUACUCCGUACUAUCAAAUAGGAUAACUAGCAACUAUUGCUGGAUUCGACGAG